AUGUCGCGGAUGGCCAGACUCCUCGCGGGGGCAGCGGUUGCCCCGGGCGCGCUGGGCACCUCGCUCAUUGCGUCGCACUUUUCCGGCACCCUCUACUCCUUGUCGCUGGCGACCGCCGACUCGACCGGCACUCUCACCGUGACAUCCCAGGCCACCGGCUGCGGGCUCACGCCGGCGUGGAUUGAGCUGUACUCGGACACCAACACCCUGUACUGCUUCGACGAGUCGUGGACCGGCUCCGGGUCCAGCGCCGAGUACAGCAUCGGAAACGACGGCUCGCUUUCGUUGACCGGCAACCUCAAGACCGGUGGUAACACCGUCCACGGCAAGUUGUAUGGUGGGGAGGACGGCAAGGGUUUCGUGGCGACGGUCGAAUACACCCCCUCGACCCUCACAACCUACAAGAUGCCUGUGUCCGACGGCGAGGUGGUGAAGCUGGAAAAGUUCACCAUGAGCGAGGCUGGCCCCAACCCCCGCCAGGACGUGCCCCAUCCUCACAUGGCGCAGGUGGACCCGACCGGCAAGUUCAUCCUCACGCCCGAUCUCGGCGCCGACCUGGUGCGCAUCUUCAAGAUCGACGCCACCACGGGUGAGCUCACCGCGUGCCCCGAGGGCCAGGCCGGUGCCGGCGACGGUCCGCGCCACAUCGAGUUCUGGGAGUCCGCCGACGGCCUGCAAAAGGCGUACGUCGUCAACGAGCUCGGCAACUCGGUCAGCGCUUGGGAUGUCGCCUACCCGGAGGACGAGUCCGGCUGCCUCGCGCUCAACAUCACCCAGACUCUGUCGACCUAUGCGCCGGGUGAGUCAGGCGGCCCCAACACCAAGGCUGCUGAGGUCCGCAUCGUCGACAACUUCCUGUAUGCCACGAACCGCGCCGAUGAGACGUUCGGCUCGGAGCAGGACUCGAUCGCCACGUACACCAUUGACCCCACUACGGGUGAGCUGGCCUGGCUCGAGGCCGCCAACUCGUACUCGUACUACCCGCGUACGUUUGUGUUUAACAAGGAUGCUACUCUUCUCGCGGUUGGCGGUCAGACCUCGUCCAACGUGGCUAUCAUUGCUCGCGACCCAGAGACUGGCAAGCUUGGCGACCUCGUGGCUACCCUGGAUGUUGGCCAGAAGGGCCGUGCCGGGCAGGAGGAUGGGCUGAGCGCUGUUGUUUGGGUGGAGUAA